UCCCCCUCCUCCAUGCCUCUGUGGAUGCUUUGCUCUCUGCGCCGCAGGACUUGAACCCGGUGCUGCGGCAGAGGGCGAGGAAGGACCUUCGGGGCUCCAGGGAGGGCAUCGGGCCAAAGCAUCCACAUACGAGACAUUCUCAGAACCCGCAGUCCGUGUCACCAAGAGAAGCACAUUGUCUGUGUCCAGUAGCAUCUCCCAGGACCUUGGCCUUCAGAGCAACGAUGGAAACAGAGCCCAGGAACGAAGCCGUCAGGAGCCUCCCGUUGGAUGCUGUGCCGGAGAUUAGAGUGAAGGCAGAAGUGCAGGACCUGGAAGAAUCCGAACCCAGGACGAGUCCCAGGGCAAGUCCUCUAGUUGUCCACUCUGAAACGAUGACUGAAACAUCGGGAGGAGCCACUCCGGAACCCAUCAAACGGGAGCCGGAGGACCAGCCGCCGGAGUGCUUGGAGGACCGGGAGCCGCCGUUUCUGAAGGCCGAACGCUCUCCUCCCUCUGAGGAAAAGGACGCGCAGCGGGUGGAGGCCGGAGCGAGCGACGAUUCCGAGGGCCAUUUGUCUCCCGGCGAGGAAGCGUCGGACGUGGAAUUGCCCACUGCGGAAGACCGGGUGAGCCAGCUGCUGUCCGCCAUUGGUAGGGAAACCAUCAAGAACGCAUUGGCCAAGGACAAGGAGGACUUCAUGGAGGUGGUGGAGGAGCCGGCGGACGAGGGCGUCCCCGCCGUGGAGAUCGAGCGCCAGUGCUUCCGGCAGUUCUGCUACCAGGACGCCGAGGGGCCCCGGGAGGUCUGUGGCAUGCUCUGGAAACUCUGCCAUCGGUGGCUCCAGCCCGAGAAGAAGACCAAAGACCAGAUCCUGGAGCUGGUGAUCCUGGAGCAGUUCCUGGCCAUCCUGCCCGAGGAGAUGCAGGGCUGGGUCCGGGACGGGCGUCCGGAGACUUGCUUCCAGGCGGUCGGCUUGGCCGAGGAGUUCCUGGCGAGGCCGGACAGCAAUGUGCCCCGGAAACGACCGGUCCUGUGGCCGUUCAAGGAGACGGCUGGCGUUUUCCCCGGGCCGCCGAGGGCUCCGUCGGCUUCCAACCCCUGGACGCUGUUCAGAGAGAACAAGGAAGACGCCGCCACCAACGUCCCCUUGCUGGGUGACGGGAGGCCGUUUUGGAAAGAGAAGGCUCUGCCAGUCAACUCCGGGGGAGUGGGAAACCCGUGGAUGCUGCCCAGACGAGCGGAGCCGAACAUUUCCCAGUAUCGUGGUCUGGGAGAAGCUUCCGAGAACCAGCAGGAAACUUCCUCCGGGAACGAAGGAGGGGAAUCCACCCAGCCGGAGAAUCCGUACACGUGCUGGGAUUGCGGGGAGAAGUUCACCGGUCUGGAUGUCCUGAUUGCACAUCAGAGCACCCACACGGGAGAGAAGCCCUUCAUCUGCGGGGAGUGUGGGCUGAGCUUCAACCAGCGGUCGCAUCUGACCACGCACGAGAAGUCCCAUACACAGGUGAAGCCUUUCUCUUGCCCCGAGUGCGGGCAGAGCUUCAGCAAGAAAAACGGGCUGGUGGCCCACCAGAAGAUCCACACGGGGGAGAAGCCGCACCACUGCCAGGAAUGCGGGCAGAGCUUCUUGCACAGGUUCGACCUCAUUCGACACCAGAGAAUCCACACGGGGGAGAAGCCGCACGAGUGCCCCGACUGCGGCAAGGGCUUCCGGAGCAUGUCGGCUUUCCACGUCCACCGGAGGAUCCACACGGACGAGAAGCCAUACCCGUGCUCGGCCUGCGGGAAGAGCUUCCGCCAUCGCACGAACCUCAUCGUGCACGAGAGGAUCCACACCGGCGAGAAGCCGUACAAAUGCACCGAGUGCGAGAAGAGCUUCGGCGACGCGUCGUCCCUCCGGAAACACCGGAGGGCUCACACGGGAGAGAGGCCCUACGUGUGCCUGGAGUGCGGGAAAACGUUUUCGCAAAACGCCGGCCUGGUCCAGCACGAGCGGAUCCAUACAGGGGUGCGCCCGUACCAGUGCUCCCUCUGUCCCAAAAACUUCCGGGAUAAAUCAGCCUACUCCGCGCACCAGAGGACCCACACCAAGGAGACUCCGUUCCAUUGCACGGUCUGCGGCAAAAGUUUCGGCCAUCGCUCGAACCUUCUUAAACACGAGAGAAUACACACCGGGCAGAAGCGGUACAAUCCGGCGAAAGCUUUGUCAUAACGUGGAAAGAAACCAAAUCUCCCGACACACCAGAGAAUGCCUUCGAAAGAGAAGGUGCAGCCUGCUUCUUAUCCCACUCUUAACAAAAACCCUGUCAUUUUUGUUUCCCUCCCCACCCACCCCCCGGGAAGGAAAAUGAUCAACUUUCCUGAUUUCUGAUUAGUUCCGCAAUGGUUAUGUCAAAUUUAUUAAUUGCUGGAACAAAACUGUAAUCCUUUCUGCUGGGUGGGGGUGUAUUGAUCUUACAAAGGUUAAUAUGACCGAUCGGCUUUAUUAGCUCCAUUUCUUCCCCUUUUCUUUUUUCUUUUCAUUUUAUUGGGAUUCUUUCGAUUUUAUUAUAUUUUCCGUGAACGGAUGUAACGAGUGACGCCGUUCACAUUUGAAUGCACGUAGGCUAUAAACAGUGGAAUGUGUAUGUUCUGUUCAGUGCCGCCAUGACUUCCGGGAGCUGUCCCUGUGGUGACACUUAACAUACAGGAGACUUUUUUUGUUGUUCUUCAUCGCCCAAUCAAAAAACACUCCGCGCCCCCUGAGCCAUAUGCAGUACAUGACACGCUGCGUUUUUUUUUGGGGGGGGGAAUCUAAGAUGGCUGCCACCCGUCGCAGAAUGGCGCCCAGCGGCUCAGGCCCACAGUAAGGUGCUUUGCCUGCUGGGUAAACGUACACAUCCGGUGGGUGGAGGUGUCACUGCUGGUGGUGGCAAUGGUGGGGUACAGGGUAGUCUCAUUGGGCGCUGAGUGGAGGCCCCCAGAAGCACCCCUGAAAGUCUAAACUGAGCCUUGCCUCCUUCAUCACCUGCCCAUGUGAGAGGUACACCUCACACCCCAAGCCAGCUCCUGAUUGGUGGGCUUCCUUUCACCCCUCCCACGGCACAAGGGAAAGGCGGAUAGGUUCUCUCUAAGGUUUGGUCUUCAGCUCGAUAUUCCUGGAGACCCCCCAUGCCUUAGGGGUCAAGUUAUUAUGGAAUUAGCUUAUAGUGGCUCAGUAUCAGCUAUGUAGAAGUUCCUUUUGUUUAGCUAUUCUUUUAUAUUGUACCUUGCUUUUUAUUUCUCUCUGAACCUCUUUCCUCCAAGUUUAAUAAAGUCUUUCUAAAUUGGA